AAAUCGAUAACUACAAAACGGUUUUGUAACACCUUGGUACCAUCUGUACCAGUUAGUGCCUACCAUAGAUUCAAAGUAUAGUAACUAUUAGAACCAUAGAACCGAGAGGGUUGCGUAGAUUUAAAAAAAAAGAUUGUUUAUUUCAGUUUCCAUAGCAACCGGUGGCGACACUUGUAGGACAGUUUUGUUAUUUUUGAGUUCAAUAUUUAAUUGUUUAUAGGUGAAUUUCCUUGCUUAAUAUGUCGUUGGUUGAAAUAACACAGCAUGAUGAAGUUAUUUACACUAUUUUGGACAAACCACCUCCAGAGCCACCGAAGACUCCCAGAUACGAGUCAAAACUUGAAAAAGAAUUGAAGGAAGCUAAAAGACCAGAACUCCGUCGUACAUUUGGAUACGCUGAGACACCACUGAAACCCCCAACAGAGUUUUUGAAAAAGGGAGAAGGGAUAGGACAGCCUAUUAAAAAAACUGAUCACAAAUGUUAUGUGUCUGGCAAUCUCCCGCCGGUGCCGAAACGACCACCGCCUAAGAAGAAAGAAGAAAAACCUGCCGUCAAUUUUAGAGUUAUUAAUAUAAAGAAAGCUAUAAAAACUAAGGGGAAACCAGUGGAACCCAGGUUGGUAGAUACGAGAGAUGGUCACAUAAAGAAGAUAAAAGGUUCCGGGGAAGUUCCAGAAUUCUGUCUCAGACCAGACUUUGGACAGAUGCCAGCGUACCUGACGAAACGAAACAGAAAAAUCCAGAAGGCUCUCGAAAAAAUAAAAUACGCCGAGGACAACAAAGAAAGUUUGUGCAAACUCAUCACUGUUGAAGAACGCCAAAAACUGCUUGAUGAUCUAAAACUCAACUGGUCGUUGAUGCAGAAGGCGUUCCUUCAACUACCAAUGCUAACGGAUACAAUACCAAAGAUCCUUCGCAAGACCAAAAUGGAGGCAGACCUAAAGCAGUUAGAAAAAGACAUAGCUUUAGUUGAGAGCAAUCCUUACAUUUAUAUCUAUGAAUAAGAUUUCAAGGACUUGUUGCUUCAAGUUUUCAACUCAUGAACUCAUAAUGUGAUUUAGAGGAUCGCCAUGAUUCUAGAAAGUUCGAAGUGGAUAAAUAGAUUUCGAAAAACUCUUGACUUAAUUAAUCAAGGCGGUCGCGUAAUUAUUUUUCAUAUAAAAAACCUUUAUAAUCUUAGAAUUACGUAACGAUUGUUCGUAAUCUCUUUGGUCUUAGUAAUUUCGAUCCGCCGCGCUGUCCUUGUGGAUGAGUGUGGUUUCCAGUUCCAGUUUAAAUUUGUCCUAUCCUAUUUACACCAAUGCCGUCUGCCUGUAUCGAUCUUACCUCUGACAUUUGUGUGUUAAUAUAUAAAUAGGUAGGUACAUAUGUAGGUGAUCGGAUGUUCGGAAAUUCUGCUGUAUUUGCUUUGAGGUUUCUAAGCUUUAUUUAGGUCUCGCGACCUUUACCAAAUUUAGUGUCUUUGUUUAGCUGAGACAUCUUGUGAGCACACAAGUACGAUUAUGUUAUUUAGUUUUUAGUACCGAAAAAUGUGGCACUUUUAUCAGUAUAUUUAGAGAAGAUUGACAUUUUU